UUUCCGACCGGGGCGGUUCCGUGGUUCCGCGGGUCCGCGAGCCAGUCGGCGCGAGAUUCUCAGCCGCGACCACCUCGAUCGACACCGCACCCAGACCGGGCCGGACCGCUCCGUGAACGUGACUUUUUCCUGGGUCCCUACCCACCACUCGAAAAGAAAGACUCACAGUUCACCGACCCGCCCAAGAUGGCCGGCAUCACCAAGACCAGCAAGUACACAUACAGGAGCACGGGCCACGGGGGUGGCGAUGCCAACGUCAGCAUCGAGUACUCCGCCGACCUCAGCGCGCUGACCCGGUUGGAGGACAAAAUCCGGCUCCUCCACGAGGACCUCGAGUCCGAACGCGAACUGAGGCAGAGGAUUGAACGCGAGAAGGCUGACCUCUCCGUUCAAGUCAUCUCCCUGUCAGAGCGUCUGGAAGAGGCUGAGUGCGGUGCCGAGGGACAGUUCGAGAUUAACAAGAAACGCGACACAGAGCUCACCAAGCUCCGCAAACUUCUCGAAGAUGUCCACAUUGAGUCUGAGGAGACCGCUCACCUGCUUCGCAAGAAGCACCAGGAGUCAGUCGCCGACUUCCAAGACCAAAUCGACGUCCUCACCAAGCAGAGGCAGAGGAUUGAAAAGGAAAAGAGCAAAUUCCAAGCCGAAGUUUUCGAACUCAUGUCACAGGUCGAGAACAUCAACAAGGAGAGGAUCGUUGUCGUCAAGCACUCCGAGAAGCUGGAGGUGACCAUCCACGAGUUGAACAUCCGCAUCGAGGAGCUGAACCGCACCAUCGUCGACAUCACCUCGCACAAGACCCGCCUGUCCCAGGAGAACAUCGAGCUCACCAAGGAGGUCCAGGACCUCAAGGUCAACAUCGAGAACGCCACCUACCUCAAGAGCCAGCUCGCCGGCCAGCUCGAGGACGCCCGCCGCAGACUCGAAGACGACGAGAGGAGGCGCUCCAUGCUGGAGGCUUCCCUCCACCAGGUCGAGGUCGAGCUGGAGUCCGUCCGCGUGCAGCUGGAGGAGGAGUCCGAGGCCCGCCUGGACCUGGAGAGGCAGCUCAUCAAGGCCAACGGCGACGCCCAGGCCUGGAAGAGCAAGUACGAGACCGAGGCCGCCGCCCGCGCCGAGGAGGUCGAGGAGAUCCGCCGCAAGUACACCGCCCGUCUCCAGGAGCAGGAGGAGCACAUCGAGACCCUCAUCGUGAAGGUCAACAACCUCGAGAAGCAGAAGUCCCGCCUGCAGUCCGAGGUCGAGGUCCUCAUCAUCGACCUCGAGAAGGCCAACAACACCGCCCGGGAGCUGCAGAAGCGCACCGAGCAGCUGGAGCGCAUCAACAUCGAGAUCAAGUCGCGCCUGGACGAGACCACCGCCCUCUACGAGCAGUCCCAGCGCGACCUGCGCAACAAGGCCCAGGAGCUGCAGCGCACCGUGCACGAGCUGGACAAGACCCGCGAGCAGAAGGACGCCCUGAACCGCGAGAACAAGAAGCUGUCCGACGACCUCCACGAGUGCAAGGCCAACCUGACCGAGCUGACGCGCCGCCUGCACGAGCUGGAGAUCGAGCUGCGCCGCCUGGAGAACGAGCGCGAGGAGCUCACCGCCGCCUACAAGGAGGCCGAGGCCGGCCGCAAGGCUGAGGAGCAGCGCAACCAGCGCCUGGUCGCCGACUUCAACCAGUUCCGCCACGACGCCGAGAAGCGCCUGUCCGAGAAGGACGAGGAGAUCGAAUGCAUCCGCAAGCAGACCGCCAUCGAGAUCGAGCAGCUCAACGCCCGCGUCGUGGAGGCCGAGACCAAGCUCAAGACCGAGGUGACCCGCAUCAAGAAGAAGAUGCAGAUGACCAUCACCGAGCUGGAGAUGUCCCUGGACGUCGCCAACAGGAACAACCUCGAGCUCCAGAAGACCAUCAAGAAGCAGUCCAUCCAGCUCACCGAGCUCCAGGCUCACUACGACGAGACCCAGAGGCAGCUGGCCGUGACCCUGGACCAGUACGGCAUCGCCCAGCGCCGCCUGCAGUCCCUGACCUCCGAGCUGGAGGAGGUGCGCGGCAACUACGAGCAGGCCCUGCGCUCCAAGCGCACCGCCGAGCAGAUGUACGAGGAGGCCCAGAGCAGGAUCAACGAGCUCACCACCAUCAACGUCAACCUGGCCGCCUCCCGCUCCAAGCUGGAGCAGGAGCUGGGCACCCUGGCCGGCGACUACGAGGAGGUCACCAAGGAGCUCAAGAUCUCCGACGAGAGGUACCAACGCGUGCAGGUCGAGCUCAAGCACGUCGUGGAGACCCUCCACGAGGAGCAGGAGCGCGUCAUCAAGAUCGAGACCAUCAAGAAGUCCCUGGAGAUCGAAGUCAAGAACCUGUCCGUGCGCCUGGAGGAGGUCGAGGCCAACGCCAUCGUGGGCGGCAAGCGCAUCAUCAGCAAGCUGGAAGCCAGGAUGCGCGACCUGGAGCUGGAGCUGGACGAGGAGAAGAGGCGCCACGCCGAGACCAUCAAGAUCCUGCGCAAGAAGGAACGCCACGUCAAGGAGGUCAUGAUCCAGAGCGAGGAGGACCAGAAGAACGUGGCCCUGCUGCAGGAGAUGCUCGACAAGACGACGCAGAAGGUCAACAUUUACAAGCGACAGCUGAACGAACAGGAGGGCAUGUCGCAGCAGUCGGUGACCCGGGUCCGCCGCUUCCAGCGCGAGCUCGAGGCCGCCGAGGACCGCGCCGAGAACGCCGAGAGCAACCUGUCCCUGAUCCGCGCCAAGCACCGCACCUUCGUGACCACCUCCACCGUCCCCGGCUCCCAGGUGUACAUGGUGCAGGAGACCAGAAGCUCAUCCGAGGCCUUCUAAGUUUUGAACGCGGAUGAAGGAAUAAAGGGAACAGGAGCGCGGUGACCAGAAACAAACAAAACACGCGUUAUUUUUCUUGACUAUUUUCAUCGUGACGUUUUUAAUUUUAUUUAAGAGAGGAGUGUCCGCGCGGCCGAACGAUCUCUUGUCUGACAGUUCGAAAUUCCAUCACAACUAUUUCAAACACUCUCUCGGUUUCUUUUUUGACUUUUUCUUUUUUUAAGAAAUAAACACCCUUUACACCACAGACGACAUACUUGGGGUCCGCCAUGUCGCGAGGAUGUGUAACACUGUAUAAAGAAAACAAUGUUUAUUGUGCAAACUGAAUGUUUCGCUUUCGACAUAAUACCCAUGGCAUUGUUGUUUUUAUUUCGCUUUUGGGGACGACACUGGAGGGAGCUUGUAUUGCAUUUAGUAGUGGUGACACGGACCUGGUGGAUUGAGAAAGCAGCGAAUGCAGGGAAUCUACCCGGCUCCCACCCCACUGCUGGGAGGGGGUGGGGACCAGCAGAUUCCAACAAACCGUCACUCACGACUCACGCGACGAAAAUAAACAAAAACAAAAACACACAGGGGGGAAAAUUACAAGCUGGAAAACAAAGUGGAGGAGACUGACAAACUAAAUGACAAAUUUAUAAAUGGAAUAUUUCGUAAGUGCGAUACAGUCCAAUGAUAUUUUUUUCUUCAUUGACUGGUCUGUUGGUAAAGUUUAUGUAAGAUUAAUAAUAUGAGGAGGUUCGAGAAACUGUCUCGAAAGCAGCUGUCUUUAUAUGUGAUUAUUCUGAUAAACCUGAAAUAAAGUUUGCUAACAACUCA